UGUAAGUCCAAGAGCUUUUCAGUUCACAAUCAGGCAACUCCGUCAGCACAAAGUGGCAGCACUCACACUGAUUAGAGUGCUGCAUAUCAAUCGAAAGUCAAACUUACAUCUCUAAGACAGCUGCUUGUAAACAAAUGAAAGAAAUAAAUUAAAAUGACUUUUGUUUUUGCACUCGCUUGUUCCGAGUCGAGAAGAAAGCAAAAAGCACAUAAACUGAAUAAAAAAGGAAAUUCAAAAUCAGAUAUAUCUGUACUUAGUCUUACAGACACGCGCUUUAUAAAACUAUUUCGUGUGGACAAGGAUACAUUCCGAUGGAUCUUACGUCAAAUUCGACCAGACUUUACAGUAUCGCACUUAACGGCAGCACUGCAGUUGGCUGCAGUGCUUCACUUCUUGGCCACGGGCUCCUACCAGCUGUCUGUGGCAGAGGAUCGUCCCGUAAACAUUGGCAGAACCACCUUCAGCCGGAUACUGCACAACAUUAUUCCGCUAAUGGAGGCGGCGCUCUGCGAGGCAGCGAUCAGUCUGCGGAUGUCGCAGCAGCAGAUAAAACAGUCGUGCGACUACUUCUACGAAAACUUUCAACUGCCUCGAGUCGUCGCCUGUGUGGACGGAUUCCAAGUUCGCAUAUUGAAGCCAGUGCGGGAUGAAACAGUUUACUUUAACGAAAAGGAAUACUACAGCCUCAAUGCCAUGCUGUUGCUCAACUUCAACAUGGAGAUUAUGGCGAUUGAUGCCACUCAUCCCGGCUCAUGCAGUGACCAUUUCAUUUGGAGUAAUAGCCAGGAGAGGCAGUAUUUGUCGAAGCACAUUAAAUGCCAUUAUGUUCUGGCCGACUCGUCUUACGCACUGGAGCAUAAUGUGCUGACGCCCUAUAGUAAUCCAAAGCCUGGUUCAGUUGAGCAGCGCUUCAAUGAGAGACAUGCAGCAGCUCGAGCUGUGGCUCAGCGGUCGAUCAACCUGCUCAAGAGUCGCUUUGCCUGCCUGCAACGCGCUCUGAUGUAUGACGCUAAGUUUGUGGUAAAUGUUGUCAACGUGUGUUGCGCCCUGCACAACAUCUGCUGCAGACGUAAGACGCCAAUUAAUGAGAAUGAAAUGCUGCACGAACAGCUAGUUGAGUUUGAUGGCGGCAUUGAGUAUGAAGACGAUGAGACUGGAACAUUGUUACGGGACGAAAUAGCAAGCACAAUUUGUUAAUUGUAUUACUAUUUACCAUGACAAUAAGCUUAUAUAUAUUAUUUAGUAUUGAAGCAAAUAAUUUAUAUUUAAAUUUAACGAUAGUUUGACAAUGUUGGAGCUUUAAAAUAUCGAGUAAAUUAUAUCGAUAUAAGUAAAAUUAAAGGCAAGCAGUGCACUGCUUCGUUUCGACUGCUUGCUUAAAUGCAGUUCUUUUAAAACUGUAACAGG